AUGGAAUCAAAAGGUAUUGUGAUGAUCUUAAUACUAAUUGAUCUUUCAGACCACUUCUAUGGAUAUAGUACAAACAUCCCUUGGGAAUUCCAAGGUGCUCCAAGUAGAAGUUUAUCCAUACUUUAUUUAGUUUAUGGACCAUUAUUUUGGCUAAAUAAAUUCAUUGGUUUCAAUUCAUUAGCAUUAUUAUACAUUGCAAGAUUACAAUUGAUUUUAUCAUAUAUUUGUAUUGCAGAAUGGAGUUCAAGAUUCUUGACAUCAUCAAAACAAGAAGGUACAAAAUCAAUUUUUUUCAUCUUCUCAUCGUAUAUUACUUGGGUUUAUCAAUCUCAUACUUUUUCAAAUAGUUUAGAAACUCAAUUAUUAUUAAUCUCAUUAUCAAUUAUUCAAAUAUUAAGAUUACAAUCCAAGCUGAAAAAUCCAUCAAAAUCAAAUGUCACCGUGUCAUUAUUGGCGAUCAUUACAAGUAUUGGUAUAUUCAAUAGAAUUACAUUCAUUUUUUUCUUAAUUGGACCUUCAAUUUUCUUAUUAAAACAUUUUUGGAAAUUUAAAAGUUCAGCCAUUUCAUUCCUAGUCUUUUUCACAAUAACCUCAUUCACUUUGAUAUAUUAUGAUACCAAAAUUUCAGAAUCCACUGAAUGGGUCAUAACACCAUGGAAUAAUUUCAUAUAUAAUAAAGAUCCAGAGAAUUUAGCUCAACAUGGGUUACAUCCAUACUAUACCCAUUUGUUAAUUAAUUUACCACAAUUAAUAGGUCCAUUAAUCAUCCCUUUGUUUUUCAAGAAUAGAUUUAUGAAAUCAACACCCUUUUUAUCAAUUGUUUCAGGUUUAUCCCUAUUAUCAAUCAUCCCACAUCAAGAACUAAGAUUUUUAAUCCCAUUAGUUCCCCUAGUUUGUAUGUGUAUUGAUUUCAAAACAAUGAUGAGACCGAGUCGUGUGGAAUUAGCGAUGAAAAUAUGGGUUGUUUUCAAUUUAGUGUUUGGAUUAAUUAUGGGAUCAUUACAUCAAAGAGGUGUUCUUGUUACUUUGGAUCAUUUAAGAGAAACUGAAUUCCAUGGUGUACAAAUUUGGUGGAAAACUUAUAAACCACCUUCAUAUAUUUUACAAAAUCCAAAUUUAACAAUAUCAGAAAUUGAAAAUAUUCAUAAUACCACUGAAGAUCAUUUAAUUGAUUUGAUGGGUGAAGAUGUUUCCAAAUUAACACAUGUUUUAGCCCAAUUCAAUGAAACUUUAUUAAUUACAUCAUCAUCAUCCAUUGGAUAUAUAGAAAGAUUGAACAAAACUUUUAAUAUCCAAAAAAUAUGGGAUUAUAAAUAUCAUCUAGAUUUAGAUCACUUUGAUUUUAAUGAUAAAAGAACUUUCAAUUUGGGUAUUGAAGUUUAUAACAUUACACAAUUAAUAUGA